AUGUCGGGAGCCUUGAAGAGAGUGUCGGCGACUGCUGUCAACUGGGCCAAAUUAGGGGAAAAGUUGAUUCCGGAGCAUGCCACUGAACUGUCACGCCUGAAGGGUGCCAGCCAUACAUUUUCGGCAGCAGUUAGUCAGCUCCCCGCUGAUCUACCACAAGUUGACUUCGAGGCUUUGAAAAAAGCCAUGCCCGCCCACUCCGCUAUCUUGGAUUCUCUUCAGAAACAGUUUGAUGCAAUCAAGAUUCCUUAUGGGGAGAUUCCAAAGCAAUACUUACAGGAAGUCGAUCACUGGGUUGAAUACAACAAUGAGCGCAUAAAGCUCCAUGACAUGAAAGUUGCCGAUGGAUUGGAGCAAGCCAAGAAGGUUCUGAAACGUGCUGACAAAGUCGAUGACCACUAG